AUUUUUGUCAGUUAAAAUGUCUAGCACUAAAUUAAGAAGAUUAAGCCAAUAAGAGGGGGAUGGAUCAAAAUUAAGGAGAUUUAAUGUCCUUUAUCCAAAAACUAUAAUUUAAUAACAUGUUUUGGAUAUUAAAAGAGAGAAGGAACGAAAAAAAUAAAAGAGAUUGGAAUUACAAGAAUAAUAGUAAAUAAUAUUUGGUUUAUUAGGAAGAAUACCAUUUUGUCGACAUGCAAAAAGAGCGUCGCGUCAACCAGUAAAUCCAAAUAGACUCAAAGAAGAUUAAUAAGUUCAAUGAAUAAUAAUGUACUGAAUUUUAAGACUCCGACUUCAAGAUUGUCUGAUUAUAAUACUCGCAUAUCGUCAAGACUGUCAUCAAACUCUCAUUAUGAAGGGGUUAAGCAAAUAUUCUUGAAAACUAAUUUCAAGCGACCUAAAUAUUAAGAACAACAAUUGAUAAUAGUGGAUCCUUAUAUAGAAAACAAGGAAAACUUUUCUAAUGUUUACAAUUUGAGACCAAAUCGAACACUUGAGAAGUUAGUUACAGACAGAAAGAAGAGCUAUAGUACAAAUAAGAAUUUCUUGUUGAAGUCUCCUAAAUCACAUACUACUUUGUUGAGUGUGAGAUCACUAAAUUUUUUAUGAAGUGCAGAUUCC